AUGAGUGAUUGCCAGAGAUUUAUGGAGAGUAUGACGGAUUUACCAAUGAAGAAAUUUGAUGAUGAAAAGAAUUAUGGUGAAUAUAUGAUUGAAUUUAUUUCAUCGAUGUUCAAGAACUGUUUUGUUCUUCAUACUAAUUUUUAUAACGAAAAAUUGUUUUGUUUUAUAGAUCAAAUGAAAGAGGAGAAGGAAAACAACAAGAGGCUUUGGUUAGAAAUGUGGGAAAAGCUUAAAAAUGACAAUACUUCUCCUUAUUUUGUUAAUUUACCAUGA